CCCGACCACAGCCCCCCCGGCGUUCACCGCCUUGGACAUCUCUCUUCUGCCCAAGCCCCUGCCCACCCAGAAAGAGCGAAAUCCCCCCGCCCCAUCAAAAUGACCGACCUGCACCAGAUCUUCGACCACCUGAACACCAAGGCUGAGGAGCACAUCGGCCUCCUCGGCGAGGCCGUGGCCAUCGCCUCCAUCUCCGGCUCCCCUGACCACCGCCCGGAGCUCUUCCGCAUGGCCAACUGGUUGAAGGCCCGCAUGGAGAAGGCCGGCGCUGACUCCGUCACCCUGGCCCCCCUGGGCCCGCAGCCUGGCACCGAGGGCCAGGGCACCGUCGGUGACAAGAAGAUGCUCGAGCUGCCGCCCCUGGUCCUCGCCGUCUUCGGCAACGACCCCAACAAGCGCACCCUGGCUCUUUACGGUCACUAUGAUGUCCAGCCCGCCCAGCUCGAGGACGGCUGGUCCUCGGACCCCUUCAAGAUGGUUGUCCACGAGGAUGGCCGCAUGGUUGGCCGUGGCACCACCGACGACAAGGGUCCCCUCCUUGGCUGGAUCUGGGUGAUCGAGGCUUACCGCGCCCUUGGCAAGGAGCUCCCCGUCAACCUGCGCAUCAUCUUCGAGGGCAUGGAGGAGUCCGGCUCCGAGGGUCUCGAGGAGUGGAUCGCCAAGGAGCACAACGGCUUCCUCAAGGGCGUUGACACCGUCUGCAUUUCCGACAACUACUGGCUCGGCAAGACCAAGCCCUGCAUCACCCACGGCCUGCGCGGUGUGUCUUACUUCCAGAUCGAGGUCUCCGGCCCCGGGCGCGACCUGCACUCCGGUGUCUACGGCGGUGCUGUGCACGAGCCGAUGACCGCCCUGACCCAGCUGAUGGCCGGUCUCGUUGACACCAACGGCAAGAUCCUCAUCGACGGUGUCUACGACAAGGUUGCCCCCGUCACCCCGGAGGAGCUGGCCAACUACAAGAACAUCGACUUCUCCAUGGACGACUUCCGUGCCUCCUUCGAUGGCACCUGCGUCGUCUUCGACGAGAAGGACCUCGGCCUGGAGGAGGCCAAGGCCAAGACCCUGAUGGCUCGCUGGCGCAACCCUUCCCUCAGCCUCCACGGCAUCGAGGGUGCCUUCUAUGGUGUCGGUGCCAAGACCGUCAUCCCGGCCAAGGUUAUCGGCAAGUUCUCCAUCCGCACCGUGCCCGACAUGGACAUCGAGCAUGUCAACAAGUGCGCCAUCGACUUCGUCCAUGCCAAGGCCAAGACCCUCGGCACCCGCUGCGAGGUCAAGGCCUCCCUGGUCAGCAGCGGCCCCUGGUGGUACGCCAACCCGGAGGACUACAACUUCCGUGCCGCUGCCCGUGCCAUCGCCCAUGUGCAUGAUGGCAUCAAGCCGGACCUCACUCGCGAGGGUGGCUCCAUCCCGGUGACCCUGUGGUUCCAGACCGCCCUGCCGGAGGCCAGCGUCCUGCUCCUGCCGAUGGGUGCCUGCGACGACAACGCCCACUCCACCGACGAGAAGCUCGACAAGGUCAACUACCUGUCCGGCAUCAAGGUCAUGGCUGCCUACCUGCAUGAGAUCGCCCAGAAGGCCGAGUAAAAGAUGUGCCUGAGCCGGGGAAAUGUGCCUCCCCCCCCCCCAGCAAGAGUGUCAGCGUGCAGAAUGGCAGGCCACCGGGCGAGGGGCUCCUCCUCUUAUGUUCUCGCCUUGCACAUUGGACCGGGAAGCAUGGCGUUCUCCGCCUCCCCGCGUCCAUCUGCUGCCUCCUCUUUGGCGUAUCCAUGCGUGUCCGGAAAAAAUAUAUGGCGAUGCGCGA